AUGACUGCGCUUGCAUUGUUCAUUCUGAUCCUACACUUGGCGUUCUCUGCGAACCAGUCGGUAAAUUGUCAGUCUCAACCAGCCUCCUGUUGCUCAGUGCAUACAACUAGUUGUGCACCAGGGUUCCCUGGCAUGCCUGGGCAUAACGGAAGAGACGGUGCUAGAGGAUUAAUGGGAGCACCUGGUAAAAAGGGACCUGCCGGCCCUGUAGGACCUAAGGGUGAUCAAGGUCCCGCAGGAGCACCAGGGAAAAAGGGCUCCCAUGGAGAUCAGGGCCCUGCUGGAGUAGUUCCUCAAAGGAACUGGAAACAAUGCACGUGGAAGCCUCUGGAGGACGGCAGAGAUUAUGGGUUGAUAAAGGAUUGUGUCUUCGUUAAAAAAAGCUCAGACACCGUCUUGAAAGUUGAGUUCGACGGCGAUUUCAGAGUAGCCUUUUGUAAAAGGUGUUGUAAACGUUGGUAUUUCACUUUCAACGGCAUUGAGUGCGCUAAACCAGCUCCCAUCGAAGGUAUUGACGCCAUUUGGCGAAAUCAUGGUAGAACAGACACCAACGUUCACAAGCACAGUCAAAUCGGAGGAUACUGCGAGGGGAUCGGAUCGGGAACCGUUCGCGUGGGAGUGGCGGUUGGUGAUUGUCCAGGAUUCGGAAAAGGUUUUGACGCCUACACCGGGCACAAGUCUGUCACGCGGAUCAUGAUCGAAGAAGUCCCUAAACCACAAUAAAUGUACGG